GUCACGAUCGGAGCAGACAUUCUCCAACCUACUUCCAUCUCGUCUGGGCGUGCCCCUCUCCCUCGUCCUCACCGCCCACCAUGCUCAGCAGGCGUCUUACCAAAUAUUUUCUAUGUUCUCAGCGCUCCCUUCAUUCGUCUGCUGUCGCCAGGAAGGUCGUUGCGACCAACCCUGUCAAGGCUGAGGAGGUCAAGUCUUGGUCGUCCGGGAACUAUCCUCUCAUUGAACAUGAAUACGACGCCAUCGUUGUAGGUGCUGGCGGUGCUGGGCUGAGAGCAGCAUUUGGCCUGGCAGAAGCUGGCUUUAACACUGCAUGUAUCACCAAACUUUUCCCGACGCGAAGUCAUACCGUAGCAGCACAGGGAGGCAUUAAUGCUGCGCUCGGUAACAUGACAGAAGAUGACUGGCGAUGGCACAUGUAUGACACAGUCAAAGGCUCCGAUUGGCUUGGUGAUCAAGAUGCCAUUCACUAUAUGUGUCGCGAGGCGCCUAAUACUGUUAUUGAGCUGGAACAUUUUGGGGUCCCAUUUUCUAGGACUAAGGAGGGAAAGAUAUAUCAGCGUGCCUUUGGAGGACAGUCGUUAAAAUUCGGAAAGGGUGGGCAAGCCUAUCGUUGUGCUGCCGCCGCGGAUAGAACUGGUCAUGCGCUUCUCCACACGCUUUACGGACAAUCUCUUCGUCACAACACCAACUUCUUCAUCGAAUAUUUCGCUUUGGAUCUCAUCAUGCAAGAUGGAGAAUGUGUUGGUGUCAUUGCUUUGAAUAUGGAAGAUGGCACUCUUCACCGUUUCCGAGCUCACAAAACGGUUUUGGCCACGGGAGGAUACGGUCGUGCGUACUUCAGCUGCACGAGCGCUCAUACUUGCUCCGGAGAUGGUAAUGGCAUGGUUGUACGAGCAGGCCUUCCCCUCCAAGAUCUUGAAUUCGUCCAGUUCCACCCUACUGGUAUCUAUGGUGCCGGAUGCCUCAUCACGGAAGGUUCCCGUGGGGAAGGAGGCUACCUACUGAACUCGGAAGGUGAGCGGUUCAUGGAGCGCUAUGCGCCCACCGCAAAGGAUCUUGCCUCUCGUGAUGUCGUUUCCCGAAGUAUGACUAUUGAAAUUCGCGAAGGGCGGGGCGUUGGACCUGAAAAAGAUCAUAUCUACUUGCAACUGAGCCAUCUCCCUGCCGAGGUUCUUCACGAGCGAUUACCCGGUAUCUCCGAGACUGCAGCUAUCUUCUCUGGUGUUGAUGUUACUAAGGAACCUAUUCCUGUCCUUCCAACUGUCCAUUACAACAUGGGAGGCAUUCCGACGAAAUAUACUGGCGAAGUCCUCACUAUCGAUGAAAACGGCAAUGAUAAGGUGGUUCCUGGAUUGUAUGCUGCUGGUGAAGCGGCGUGCGUGUCGGUCCACGGUGCUAAUCGUUUGGGUGCAAACUCACUUCUCGACAUUGUCGUUUUCGGUCGGGCGUGCGCACACCACAUCAAAGAAACGUUGACUCCUGGAACACCGCACAAGGCCAUUCCUGAGGAGGCGGGAAUUGAGAGUAUUGAAUAUCUGGACAAGAUUAGGAACUCGGACGGACCUGUACCAACUGCCAAAAUCCGCCUUGAUCUCCAAAAGGCCAUGCAAACCGAUGCGGCCGUGUUCCGAACCCAGGAAUCAUUGGACGAGGGCGUUCAGAAAGUCAGUCAGAUUUAUAACACCUUUAGCCAAGUUGGAAUCAAGGACAGGAGCAUGAUUUGGAACUCAGAUCUAGUUGAGACACUCGAGCUACGGAACGUCCUUCAAUGUGCAAUCCAGACCAUCACCUCUGCAGCAGCCCGAAAGGAAUCUCGCGGUGCUCAUGCCCGUGAAGAUUUCCCUGAUCGUGAUGACGAGAAGUGGAUGAAGCACACUUUGUCAUUCCAGCAUGACGUGAACAAACCAGACGUCGAACUGACAUACCGGCGCGUCAUUGACACCACGCUAGACGAAAAUGAAUGCAAGCCUGUACCACCAUUCAAGCGAGUGUAUUAGGAUUUUUUAAAACUUUUGCUAUGACAAGUUUACUCUGCAUGAUUGCCUUUCGGAUAUAUUUUAUUGACACUGAAGCAAUACAGUCGUAAAACCAAAGAAAAAAAAACACU